GAGCCCGAGCCUGUAGAAUGGCUCGCCACCUCACGAUCGCGCCGGUCCACGGCUGGCAAUCGCAUGAAGUCGAUGCUGGCCAACGAAGAGCCGGAUUCCGAUCUCGAACUGCUAUUCGCCGAAUCCGAGAACGACCAGGGCUUCUCUGACGUUGGUGAUGAUGCAUCUGAUGUCCAGAUGGAUUCGUCAUCCGACGACGAGGACGAGAACAAUGCUGGCGACGAUCUAGAGGGCGAGCAGGAGCUCGAGCGACAGGCCAGGGAGCGGCGCGCAGCCCAGCGGAAGCGAAAGGCCCAAGAUGCCAUCCCAGCCAAGUUCAGGAAAAAGGUCCGCAUCAACCCGGCAGCAUCAGACACCUCGACGCCGGCCCCCGCGCCUCGACCCAAGAAGAAAUCCGAGCGCACAUCCUGGCUGCCCUCGCCGGCCGAUCUUCCCACUCGAGCAUCGUCUCGAAAGACGACACGCAUGUCCAAAGAGCAGCUGCACCAACAGAUGAUUGAGCGAGAAGAGCGGCGGCUGAAGCAGCUGGAGCAGAUGCAGAAAAAGGCUGCGAAAAUGGAGGCGCUGAAGAAGCCCCCCAUGACACAGGAGGAUCGGCUUCGCGAGGCAGCCAUCGUGGAGAAGCGCAACAGCAAGAGCUUGAACCGCUGGGAGGUGGCUGAGAAGCAGAGGGAAGAGGAGCGAAGAGCGAAACUAGCAGCUCUCAACCAAAGAACCCUCAAGGGUCCGGUGAUUACCUUUUGGACGGGUCUGGGCGAGGCACGGCGUCUGGGAAGGACGACGUUGCCAACCCGGCGGCGGAUAAGCAAGGCAAAGGGGACCAGCAACAGACGGAUGCUUCAUCAAAAUUGUGUCAUCACAAACCUACCAGCCCGUUACCGUGAUCCCCAGACUGGGCUGCCUUAUCACAACGUUGCCGCCUAUCAGGAGCUCCAGCGUAUCAAGCGUGGAGAACUGAGCUGGAGUGCAAUUCUCAACGCCUGG